AUUCUGCUCUUCUUCUCCUUUCUUCCCGCUGCAGCCACCCGAAAGAAAAAAAAGGGGGAACCCAGCCAUGCCUUUGAGAAACCGGUGAGAUAAGCUUGGUUUUCUCCUUCCUUUCUUGCUCUAGAACACACCUAGAACCCAGAAAUCUUCCCCCCUGCUGGAAAAGCCGGAUCUGCCCUGCUCUGCUUUGUCCUUCCGUCGGCUGCUCUUAAUUGUGGGUGAUUUCUCUGCAUUUUUUUUCGUUGUGAAAGUAAUCUUGCCCGUUAUGUCCUGAAGACCUUGUUUUGAAACUUGGUCAUUUUCUGAUAGUCCGCACUUGUUUAGGCUUGUUACGUGAAUAGAAUUUUUGUGUGCUCUUUUGCCACAAUUGUGAAAUCUGGGGAGUUGCAGAGACUUUUGUUAUUGAUCCUGUUAGUCUCUACAGCAUAGCUGGUGGAGAAUUUGUUUUGUUUGUCACAUGACCAGUGGAGGAUGGGUAAACCCUCUACUUUGCAAGAGAUUCAAGGCUAUUUUAGCCAAUGUUGUGUGUUUUUCUAGAUGCGUUUUAGGAGUUGGAUUACUUGUAUACCUGUUGAUCUUCUUGAUUUCUGAUUUUGCUCAUAUGGACACCUCUUUAGGAGGGGUGACGAUUAUCAGAAGAUACCUAUAUGAGGAUGACCUGAUUGUAAACCUGCUUAGCCUCCAUGAGCUACGAGGUGAAGGGCUUGAAUUUGUGAUAGUCCGGUAAUUAAUUCGUGGAUAUUUUGAUUAGGUUCUUGAUCGUUCUGUCAGUUAGUGCUUGAUUUGGUUGUUGGUUUUUGGGAGUGAGGUAAGUAAAUUUAUGGUAAUGCCCGUAUAGUUUUUAAAGGCAUGUUUUGAUUUGUUUUUGAAGUGGUGGCGGGACUAAACCUGUUUUACACAAGUAUGACUGAUUUGAAGUGAAAUGUUUUGUGCUUUUCAUGAAAUUGAGCAUGCCUACUUGAAAUUUGAGUGACUGUCUUGAUGAUCUGAAAGUGAUUGUGAAUCGUGAUUUUCCUGUUAACUUCUGCUUGUUUUGUCUCCGAUGUGGUCAUGUUAUUCGUGACCCUGCUAGUGGGGGAGGUUAUAAACGCUAGCACAUGUCGACAUGUUAGUGAAAGAGCCGGUUCGUUCAACCCAGCUAGUGGGGGUUAUACACCAACAAAUCGUGGCCCUGCUAGUGGGGAUUAUACACUGGCCGUGACCUAUAGAGGAGACGUCUAUUUCGUGCCCGUACUGUAUCUGUUUUCAUGAUUGUACUUGUUGGCAUGCUAUAAGUUUGAUAAGGGGCACUCCAUAUUUACUUACUGAGUUUAUCUCAUAGUUUUUCCUUGU